AUGCCUGGGACCUAUCCCAGCAUAGACGAAAGCAUCAAUGAUGUACCAUUGUCGUCAGUGACACGGGCCCACUACGAAGAAGGAUCUGCAGAUGGCAGUGCCUCUUCAGUAUUGGAGCUUGACAAUAGGCGAAAGUUCACCAGACGCCACCUAUUUAAUAUAAAGACACAGAACCAGAGAAAUUUGAUCCAGAGCUUGGAGAGCAUAGCAUAUAUAUUGAUAGGACUACAGUUCGUGAAAUUUUGCUACUCUGCGGCGUUGUUUCCUGUAGUACUCCAUGUACUCACUCAAAAGCUACUUAGUGUAGAAAGUUACAUUCACGGUAGACCGAGAACGACGCUAUUAUAUGGAAUGAUUGCGUUGAUAAAUACAUCACACAGUUCACUCCAGACAAGGCAGAAUACCGAUAAUAACAACAACAACAACAACAACAACAACAACAACAGCAGCAACAUUAAUCAUCCGUCAAGCAAUAGAAGCUCAGCCAGAUCUUCACCAGACCCGCAGCCUGAAGGUCACCAGCAUUCACAUAUACAGCCACUGCUGCACCUAAACGGAAGAAGAAGGCAUAGGUCAAGACGUCACAGAAAUGUAGAUACGGGCCAGCAUCCUGAACUGACCGAAUCUUCACGUCGGCAUGUAGUAACAUGGGUGAAAAGAAUCUGCUCGUUCAUAUAUAUCAAGUUCAUUCUCGUAUCGAUAUACCACAUACUUUUUGUAUGCCUUUGGUUGAUGCCCUUUGCAAUGAAUGAUGACUUGGACCAGUUUCAGACUGGUACUUGGUGGUUUAUAUCGUUCAUUGGCGAAACCACUCCUAAGAACGUAAGCUCGGAACCCAACUUCUUCAAAAGAGCAGGCAUGUUGGGGCUCCCUGGCUUAUUGUUUACUAAUGUAUUGAUUUUGUUCGUACAAUUAGUAUUAUUCCAAUGUAUUUACCACCAGUCGACGGUUUCUCCUCUCGGCAGGAAGCUUAAAGAAGACGAUGACAGUACAUUGUGCUUGCUUGGCGAAUUACCUUCGAACGUAGAAGAAGAAACAGACACACAGCGAGAAGUACAGCUGGAAUGUAUCGAGGAGAUACCGACAAUUUUACUGGUAAAGUUGUUCGAAUUGUUUGAGUGGGAAUCGUUUACGGUGUAG